UUUUCAUUUGUUUGCGCCAAAAAACGUCCCCAAAUUUGUUCCUUUUUUCUCUAAAACCCCUUCUCUUCCUUCUUCCUCUGCAACUCUCUGUUUCCUUCAAGCUUCAAUUUCUCCUCCUCCAACACUCCCUUCUUCCGAUUCCAUUUCUUCCUUUCAACAAUACCCACUACCUAAUUUCCCCUUUCACUCUCAUUCCGCCCUUCCAUUUCCCUUUUCUCUGCAUUCCCUCCACCCUCUCGCUCCUCAACCUUCCUCUCCUUCCAUUUCUUCCGCUCCUACUUUCCUGGCUCCAAUUGGGUUUUCUUCUCCCGCUUCUGGGGGUUCUUUUUUGGGCAUCCGGAGGUCUUUGUUGCUGAUUGCACUUUCCGGAUCUUUCUUCUUUUGCUUGCUUGCUCUCUAGGGAUUUCUACUGUUCGUUUUUGUGAUUUGUUCCACGGCCUAGUUUCGUUGCUUCUGUACUGGAAUGAAUAGUGUGUUCAGUGAGCAAAUACUUGCUGAUAAGCUGUCGAAGCUCAAUAGCACGCAGCAGUGUAUUGAAACUUUGUCACAUUGGUGUAUAUUUCAUAGAGGCAAGGCUGAACUGGUAGUUGCAACAUGGGAUAAACAGUUUCAUAAUUCAGAAAUGAUUCAGAAAGUUCCUCUUUUGUAUCUUGCAAAUGACAUCUUACAAAACAGUAAGCGUAAGGGAAAUGAAUUCGUCACUGAGUUCUGGAAGGUUCUUCCAGCAGCGCUCAAGAACGUCCUUGAGAACGGCGAUAACCAUGGAAAAACUGUAAUUUCCAGAUUGGUUGAUAUAUGGGAACAAAGAAAGGUAUUUGGAUCUCGCACACGAAGCCUCAAAGAUGUAAUACUUGGGGAAGAGGCACCUCCACCUCUAGAGUUCAGUAAAAAACGUACUCGAUCAGUCAGAAUUGUCAAAAGAGAUUCACGGUCAAUUAGAACGAAAUUGUGUAUUGGAAGUGCAGCCGAAAAAAUUGUAUCGGCAUUUCACCUGGUCCUAAGUGAAUAUGCUAAUGAAGAAACCGAGAUGACCAACUGUAAUUCUGCGGUUCAACGUGUAAGGAAGAUGGAAAGCGAUGUUGAUUUUGCUUGUUCCACGGCAAAGAAUCCCCAACGUAAAAAGUUGGCCAAAGAACUUGAAGAAGAAGAAAGUAUUCUGAAACAGUGUAUCGAGAAACUACAAUUGGGUGAAGCCAGUCGGAUGGCGCUUAUAUCUCAGUUAAAAGAAGCUCUGCACGUUCAGGAAUCGGAGCUGGAGAAUAUUCGAACUCAGAUGCAGGUAGCUCAGGCGCAGGCAGAGGAGGCAAGAAAUAUGCAAAACCGGCUAAAUGAUGAAGGCUAUGUAUCAAACUCUUCCACCAGUGAUUCAAAAGCAAAAGCAGGACAGACUCCUAAGAAGUCUGCUGCAGCCAUUGCCGCAGAGGUUGCUGACAAGCUCGCAGCUUCUAGCUCCUCUCAAAUGAUCAUGACAUCAGUUCUCUCCACAUUCGCAGCUGAAGAGGCAAAGAACACUGGUCUAACAAAGGCCAACAAUGGAUUGACCGUGUUCACACAGAACCCCAUGAGUUCCCCUGCUAAUUCUAUCUUAAAACCUGAGGCUGAAGACGCCAAGAACACUGGUCUAACAAAGACCAACAAUGGAUUGAAUUCGUUCACACCGAAGCCCAUGAGUUCUUCCAACUCUAUCUUAAAACCUGAAGCGUUGGCCAUUGGUUCAGAUCCUAAUGUUUUCAUGUCUAUGCAGCCGCAUCCUGCUCCCAAUAACCAUUCAUAUCAAUCUGUUAUGGUGCCCCAACCAACGAUACAGAGCCAAGCCCAUAAUUCGCAAGCUCAAUACCAGAUGUUUCCAAACGCUCCGUCCCAGCAAUAUUUGCAGCUCUCAAAUGGAGUCUUAACCCCAUAUGGUUAUGGUAGUCUUCCAAGCUCAACUCCGAUGCCACCACCACCUAUGCCCCAUAUGGUUAGUCCGGUGGUGCCCUUGACCCAGCAGAUGCUGCAACAGCCAUCACCUAUGAUACAAACACAAGUUCCUUUCACGCAGCAACCUUUAGCCCCUAGCUUCCGACCGCUUCAGCCGCCUGGGAUGGUGUACUAUGGGCACCCUCCCCCUUCUCAGUGAUAAUUUUGUGCUAAAGGUCAAGUUUUAGAAGUACCACACCAGUCGUUGCACGUAGAUUUCUGAAUGUACGAACCUGCGAAUGAAGCAAGAGCUAAAUCAUAUUGAGCUGUGGUGGUAAGGACUUGCAAUUUUUAGUACAUAUGUUGUGAUAAUUACGUUAAGAUCACUAUCUUUCUCCCUCUACCCUACUUUGUGGGUGAAGAUGUAGAAAGUAUGGAAACGAUGUUUACUGGUAUGAAGCUACACUUCUUGGAGAUCA